GUCCGGACUUCUCUCAGGCAGAUCCGAGCCCGCUGCAAACCCGUUGGAGUUGUUGCCUGGCAGGUCCCGCCGAGGAAAAAGUCAGGAAUGUGGAAGGUCCUGGCGUAUCUCUUGCUGCCCGCCUGGUCAGGGAUGCAGCCGGGGGUGCUGGGCAAGGGGGCCCCGGAGCGCUCUCAGCAUCGCCUGCAACACGGAUCCUGCACCUACACGUUCCUGCUGCCCGAGCUGGGAGGCUGCGACGGCCCGGCGGCUGCUCCUGCUGCCGCCCCGUUCCAAGUGUCCAACUCGCUCCAGAGGGAUGCGCCGCCCUUGGCCGAAGCCCAGUGGCCCGUCCAGCGACUGCAACAGCUGGAGACCGUCAUGGAGAACAACACCCAGUGGCUGCAGAAGCUGGAGAGUUACAUCCAGGACAAUGUGAGGAUGGAGAUGUCAGAGAUCCAUUUAAGUUCUGUACAGGACCACACGGCAGCCAUAUUGGAAAUUGGGACCAACCUCCUUAACCAAACUGCUGAGCAAACCCGGAAGCUCACCGAUGUAGAGAUACAGGUUCUCAACCAAACAUCCCGCCUGGAAAUUCAAGUUUUGGAAAAUUCCCUGUCUACCAACAAGCUUGAGAAACAGUUGCUUCUGCAGACCCACGAAAUCAGCAGACUCCAGGAGAGAAACAGCCAUGACAUUCUAGGAAAAUUUGCCUAUGAGCUACGGAAGUUGCAACUCCCACACCUAUGCAAGCGGCUGGUGACUCUGCCUUCGGAGCACUUCUAUCGGCGGAUAGAAGCGGCCUCGUGGCGAGGCGAUUCUGCCUACGGGACACUUUUAUCGGCCGAUAGAAGUGGCCUUGUGGAGCGCCCCGUGAGCAGCCACGCCUCGCCACAAGCCCGCUUCUGCCGGCCAAUAGAAGCGGCUGAUGUUUCUUUCACUCUGCCAGAGGAGCAGAAGGUCUUCAAGGAUUGCGCAGCUGCAUACAAAGCGGGGUUUUCUACCAGUGGAGUCUACAACCUUCGGCUCCCCAAUACUACAGCCACUGUAAAAGUGCUGUGUGACAUGGAGACAAGUGGAGGAGGCUGGACCGUUAUCCAACACCGGAAAGAUGGUUCUGUGGAUUUCCAACGCACCUGGAAGGAAUACAAACAGGGCUUCGGGUCCCCACCUGGAGAGUACUGGUUGGGCAAUCACUUCAUCCAUCUGCUCACCGCACAGAACCGCUACUCUCUCCGGAUCAUGCUCCGGGACUGGGAAAACAAUGAGGCUUAUUCUGACUUCGAGCAUUUCCAAGUAGGCUCUGAGACGCAGAACUAUCGACUCUAUGCGUGGAGAUACAGCGGUACGGCUGGGCGCACCAGCAGCCUCAGCCCCUCGGGAACCGACUUCAGCACCAAGGAUGCUGACAAUGAUCGAUGCGCAUGCAAGUGUGCCCAGAUGGCAGGUGGAGGCUGGUGGUUUGAUGCCUGUGGACCUUCUAACCUGAAUGGCAUCUAUUACCCUCCCAAUCCUGCCACAAUCAGAUACAAUGGCAUGAAGUGGCACUACUGGAAGGGGCCUGGACACAGCCUCAAAGAAAGUACCAUGAUGAUCCGUCCAGUGGAUUUCAGAGAGGAGCAAGAAGGGAUGCUGUGAUCUGUCACAUCGCAGAAGGAGAGGAGAAGGAGGCCGCCUUCUCGUUUCUACAAAAUGGGUGGACAAUUGCGAAUCCUUGCAUCAUGAACAAAACCUCUUCUAGAUAUGUAUAUAUUUUAAAAAAAUAUGUGUGGCACACACUUCACUGUGGAAAUUUCACAGGAGACCUGGAAGGUGUUGCCUUUUCGUUGCUUUCAUGGGGGGAAAACAAUUAGGCUUGAGCUUCUCAACUUUAUCAACUUGAAGAGGUAUGGACGACUUCAACUCCCAGAAUUCUAAGCUGGCUGAGGAAUUCUGGGAGUUGAAGUCCACGUGUCUGAAAGUUGCUGAGGUUGAGAAAUGCAGAAUUGGACUGUCAAAGAGAAGCAAAUGCGUGUCAUUAAAAGGAAACAAUCCUGCCCUUUGUAUAAUAUUUGUUGCCCGAAGAUUGCAGUGUGAUUUUGGGCUGUCCUGGAAGGGAUCAGAAAUACGUUUGGAAUGAGAAUUACCUAUCCUUGAUGUAGGUAGAAAGACAAGGAACAAAACAGUAACACUCCAUUGAUAAAAAGUAUUUGGGGGGUGGGGGAGUUGACAUCAGCAAUGACAUUCCUUGUCUCCCCGCCAUUCUUUCUUCUGGACUCCUCAAGCAUGAACAAUGUGCUUCAGACAGCUGGCCUUUUAGUACCAGAAUUCAGGAAUUCCAAGAAAUGGCAACUUGACGAACAAGGGUGGGGAGUGUUCGUGUGUGUGUGUGUCUCUGUUCAAUGCAGGUGUUUCUGUUAGGCCUGCGUGUCUAUGAUUCUCAGGGGAAACAGGUACAGGUAGUCCUCAACAUACAACCACAAUUAGGAUAAGAAUUUCUUUUACUCAGCAAGGCGGUCGUGAAUUGCACCUGAUUUUAUGACCUUUUUUGCCACGAUUGUGAAGUGGAUUGCUGCAGUCGUUCAGCGAAUCGUGUGGUUAUUAAGCAAAUCUGACAUCUCUAUUGACCUUGUUAGCCAGAAGUCAGCUGUGAGUGGUGAUCUCACAAUCUUAGAUGUUGCAGCCAUUAUAAAAUACAUGCCAAGCAUCUGAAUUUUGAUCUUGUAACUAUGGAGAUGCUGCCGUGGUCAUAAGUGUGAGGCCCAGUUGCAAGUCACUUUUUUCAGUGCCAUUGUUACAACCAAUGAUGGUUAUGCAAAUGGUUGUAAGUUGAGGACUACCUAUGUGCAAAUUAGCUACCAAUUUUCUAGCAUAUUAUAUCUGCAUCAUUGCUCUCUUGGAGCCAUUUGUUUACAUAUUAAUUGCUGAGCUGAACUCAUGAAACCUCUUGUGCAAAGUUUAAUUGCAAAUACUUAGGAUAUUUUCAAUUUUUUUUUAAAAAAAAAUACUGGGAUUACCGUAUUAUGGUUCAGAACUCUUAGACUUGGGACUGUUUUAAAAUUCAAGUAUUUUAUCUACAAUAUGUUUUCUUUUUAAAAAAAACUGUAAAAAGGAAUCAAAUAAAAUA